AUGACACGAACAGAGCCAAUCGCUAUCAUCGGCACAGGCUGCCGAUUCCCUGGGUCGGCCACCUCGCCCUCUCGACUCUGGGAACUACUGAAAAAUCCGCGCGAUGUCGCCUCCAAGCCUCCUACUGACCGAUUCAACGCGGACGCCUACUACCAAGCUGGCAAGGCCCGGCCUGGCAUGCUGGUUGCUCCCGAGGCCUACUUUCUCCAAGAGGAUAUCCGAACGUUUGAUGCCCCCUUCUUCAAGGUCUCUCCUGCGGAGGCCGCAUCAAUGGACCCUCAGCAGCGACUGCUCAUGGAAGUAGUAUACGAAUCUCUCGAAAGGGCCGGGCUGCCACUGCAACAUCUGCAGGGCUCAUCCACGGGAGUUUAUUGUGGUUCCAUGAGCAAUGAUUAUCAAUCCCUUCUCAAUGCAGAUCUAAAUCUGCUGCGCCCUUUCUCAGUCACAGGUACAACACCCUCGAUUCUUGCCAAUCGGAUCUCAUACUUUUUCGAUUGGCAUGGGCCCUCAUUUGUCCUUGACACGGCAUGCUCCUCCAGCUUAGUAGCACUGCACCUGGCGGCAGAGGCUUUACACAAUGGUGACUGUACACUCGCAGUUGUCGUGGGCAGCAACCUGAUUCUUUCCCCAGAUCCCUUUAUUGGGGAGUCUCAGAUGCAAAUGCUGUCACCUACAGGGCGCUGUCGCAUGUGGGAUGCCCAUGCGGAUGGCUAUGCCCGAGGCGAAGGGGUGGCCGCGCUCGUGCUGAAGCGCCUGCAGGAUGCAGUUGCUGACGGUGAUCCAAUUGAAUGUGUCAUCCGCUCUACUGGUGUGAACUCUGACGGACGUACUGAGGCACUGACCCUGCCGAAUGGUGAAGCGCAGCGGGAUCUCAUUCGCUCAACAUAUGCGCGCGCUGGUCUCAACCCCCUUCGCCGUGAAGACCGCUGCCAAUUUUUCGAAGCCCAUGGGACAGGAACACUCGCGGGUGAUCCACAAGAAGCAUUUGGGAUUACCUCUGCUUUCUUUGACGAUGGCUCCCCGCCUGACGACGUUAUAUAUGUGGGCUCCAUUAAAAGCGUUGCAGGCCAUGCGGAAGGCACAGCAGGAAUUGCAGGGGUUCUCAAAGCAUCACUCGCAAUCCAACAUGGUGUUAUACCGCCUAACCUACUCUUCAACGAACUCAGCCCCCUAGUGGCUCCAUACACCACUCAUCUUCAAGUCCCAACCCAAGCACUUCCCUGGCCAGAUCUUCCAUCCGGGUCUCCACGACGGGUUUCGGUCAACUCAUUCGGGUUCGGGGGUGCCAACGCGCACGUUAUUCUGGAGAGCUUUAGCGGGGCUUCAUCAUCAUUAUCAUCAUCAUCAGGUUGCGAGCUUGUAACACCGGAAAUACUCCCAUUCGUGUUUUCAGCUGCAUCUGAAGCCUCGCUCACCGCGGUCCUACGAGAUUACGUCAGGUAUUUGGAGGAGCACCCUAGAGUGAACUUACUGGAGCUAGCCGCUUCUCUCCUCAAGAAGCGAUCGACCUUGAGUCAUCGUCUAUUUCUUACUGCAGGCACCAAUGAGACACUUCGGGAGGUCCUAAGCAGCGCACAAUGGCCACAAAUGGGCCUAGAUGUUAUCUCUCAAUGCUCGGAAGCUCAGGUUUGGAUGAAGGAGCUGCAGCAGGCCCUGGAUACUCUUCCGGUAGAGUACAAACCUACUUUUUCUCUUCUAGAUGAACUUUCCGCUCCUGAUGCAACCUCUCGGCUCAACUCAGCGGCAGUUUCGCUACCAGUGCGUACAGCGCUGCAAAUUAUCCAGGUCAACAUUCUGUGGUCACUUGGGAUAGAAUUCGCGGCAGUUGUCGGGCACUCAUCCGGUGAGAUCGGUGCAGCAUAUGCGGCAGGUCGGCUGACCCUAAGAGACGCUAUUCGAAUCGCCUAUUUACGAGGAGUGGCAGCACAACAUGCUGGCUCUCAGGGAAAGUCUGGUGCUAUGCUAGCAGUUAGUGCACCUUGGGACCAGGCAGAGGCCAUGUGUAGCGACGCGGCCCAAUCAGGCACUAUUACCGUGGCUGCCUUCAAUUCUCCUACCAGUGUCACUUUCUCAGGCGACAGUGACCUGAUCAUUGAGUUGGAAUGGGUCAUAGAGAGCCUCGGCUAUUCAGCACGGCGUUUGCGUGUCGAUACGGCCUAUCACUCUAGCCAUAUGAUCCCUUGUGCUGAUCCAUAUGUCCAAUCCAUGAAGCAGUGCCAGAUCCAGGCACGCCAAGGCUUCUCUGACACUAAGUGGUUUUCCAGUGUUUUCGAGGACCAAGUCAUGGAUAACCUUGACAUCCAAUACUGGAGUGAUAAUAUGCUUCGCCCUGUGCUCUUCUCUCAGGCAUUGUCAGCUGCUAUAAGAGAUCUCCCCGAGAUGGAUGCCAUUGUAGAGGUGGGACCCCAUGCUGCUCUUCAGGGACCCACCAAGCAAACGCUGUCGUCCAUAAAGCCUGACGAAGCCGAUGUUCCUUACUUUGGAAUGGCUAAUCGCAAGUUUGGUGGUAUCGAAGCCUUGGCACUCGCGGUGGGCUCGUUCUGGGCGAACCUAGGAACCGAAACUCUGGAUGUAUCAUCAUACAUCCGGCUCUUUUCGCCGUCUAUGAAGUUGAACUAUCUUGUCGAUCUUCCCACAUAUCCAUGGGACCACAGCCAAAGGUACUGGGCCGUUCCACGUCUAUCGAGCACGCGCAUCAAUCGUCGGCAUCCCAUCCACCCCCUCCUUGGCGCCCUUACCCCUGAAACUGGCGACGCAGAGUGGCGCUGGCGUAACUUCUUGCGGGUGCAGGACUUAGAAUGGAUGGACGGCCACCAAGUGCAAUCCCAAGUUGUGUUUCCCGCUACAGGGUAUCUUGUCAUGGCUCUAGAGGCGGCCCGCAUUGUUGCAGACGAGCGGCUGCUCCAAGUUGUUGAGAUACGUGAGCUUGUCAUUGAUCGCGCGAUCACCGUACCUGAUAACUCCUCUGGCGUUGAGACGCUGUUUACCUUCUAUCGAACGCAUAACAAUGGCCACAAAGUAACCGGUGUGUUCACCUGCCAAUCGAGCCUCAAUGAUGAUGUCUUCCAUUGUUGUGCAUCCGGUCGCCUAGAGAUGACAUUUGGCGAGCCAGAUGCAACACUCUUGCCGUCAUUGGGUCCGAUACCCCCAGGAUUGCGCCCUGUGGAUUCAGACGAGUUCUACCAGCAAUUAGAUGGCCUAGGGUAUGGCUACUCAGGUAUAUUUCGCACCCUUCAAAACAUAUGGCGUCGAAAGGACCUUGCGAAUGCCAAGAUACCAGUCUUCAAUGCUGGGUCAGCGCUUCUAAUUCAUCCUGCCACGUUGGACACUGGCCUCCAGGCCAUAAUGGCGGCGAUGGGGGAUCCUAACGACGGCCAAUUAUCCAGGCUAUAUCUCCCCACUAGAAUCGCGAGCACAAUAUUUAACCCUUCUUUCUACCGAGUCAGCAGCGGGCAAACUCUCCGUGGCCCGUACGAAGUAGCGGCCACGGUGUCCUGGACCGAUAGCUCAGGAAUACGCGGUGAUAUCGAUCUGUUCGAUAAUGAGGGUCAUGGACUAGUCCAAAUAGAGGGUGUUGAGAUCGCUCCCCUCGCCCAGCCCAGUUUGGACGAUAUCACGACAUUUGCAGAACGGAAGUGGGGUCCUUUGCUGCCCAACGCGACGCUUUCCAGGCCCCCUAGUCUCCCAGGCUGCUACGACGAGAUGAAUCGCCUAGCUCUGCUUUACCUGAGGGACACGCAACAUCAGCUAACAGCUGAGGAUCGGCAACGGCUGGAUUGGCUCCGAGGCCGUUAUGUAGCCUGGAUGGAUAUGAUGUUAUCCAGGGUGCAGGCUGGUACCCAUCCCCACUAUCCUGCCGAAUGGCUCAGGGGUGAUUACACCUCUUCCAUCUCAGCAAGUCAGAGACAAGCCAUAAAAUACCACCUGGCGGUCUUAGAAGUUACAGGUCCAAAACUCAUAGGGUGGCUGCGUGGCCAAGCCAACAUAAUGGAAGAGCUACGCCGCGAUGAUCUUCUGACUCGAUUCUAUCAGGAUUACGCGGUUCGGAUGAUGACUUGCAGUCUUGCGGAUGUCGUAAGUCAAUUGGCCUUCCGGUACCCUCGCAUGAAAAUUCUUGAGGUUGGGGCUGGAACAGGCUCAGCGACACGAGAAGUGCUCGCCCGAAUUGGACGGGACUAUCAUUCAUACACCUUCACCGACAUCUCAGCGGCCUUUUUCGAAGAAGCCCAAGGCGCUUUUGAGACACAUAAUGAUCGGUUCAUAUACCAGGUGUUAGAUCUAGAGCGGGAUCCGACAGAACAGGGCUUUGCCGAGCAUGCGUAUGAUUUGGUCAUUGCGAGCAACGUACUGCACGCUACCCGUUCCUUAACUAAUACCAUGACCCAUGUUCGUCGGUUACUAAAACCCGGUGGACGAGUCGCUGUGCUUGAGAUAACCAACACCGAAGAUGUUGCCGUGUCGGCCGUUUUUGGCGCGUUUGAGGGGUGGUGGUUAGGAGAACAUGACGGUCGCCCCUGGGGGCCCAUGGUCUCCAGUGACACCUGGGAUCAAGUGCUGCAAAAUACAGGCUUCGGUGGGCUCGAAACUGUAUCACCUCCAGAUGUAAUGGCUCAGACAGCGCUUGCGAUCUUUAGCGCUCAGGCCGUUGACAGCCAUAUUUCGAAGUUGCAGUAUCCAUUGUCGGUGCCCGCCACGGGACAGUACUCGGAUCUCAUCUUAGUCGGAGGUUCCUGUGCCCAUACAGAACGUUUAGUCACACAGGUCCGGGAUCUUGUGGCCCCUUUUUUUGCUCGAAUCAGCCAUGCGGUUACGCUUGAAGCCUUCAUACCUCCGCCCGAUGCAUCAAAGGCGGCGGUUUUGGUUUUGUCCGACAUGGAUAGUCCCUGCCUCCAAGGGGUUACCGCAGAACGUCUCCACGGUCUGCAGGCACUGUUCGGGACUGCAAAGAAGAUUCUCUGGACUGCGACUGGAUAUCCCGGCGAGCAGCCGUAUCAGGCCAUGACUAAAGGCCUUCUACGCACUUUAUCGAGCGAAAAUUCACACGCUCUACUCCAGCACCUCACCAUCAGUGACCUGGAUGCUAUUGACACUAGUAUCCUAGCCACUACACUCAUGCGACUUGUUCACACGGAUGUCUACAGCGAUUAUAGCCUUGCAGACUGCACGGAAAAUCCGGAAUGGGAACUCCGGCUAGAAAACGGGAUAAUGAUGAUUCCUCGGGUGCUGCCCAGCCGUACGAUGAAUCGACGACUCUUCAGUAAUCGUGGGUUUUCUAGUAUGGACCAUGUUGAGCCCCAUUCGGUUCCUGUCAACGUUAUUCCUGAAAAGGCGAGCCUUACCCUCGUCUCAUUGCCACAGCGAGCCCUGGCAGACCAGAAUUCGAAUCAGCAGAGCAGGGAUAUUCUUUUUAUUCAGGUUCAUUAUGCCACUCUUUCCGCUAUCCAUGUCCAGUCUGCUGGCUUUCUACACAUUGUCUUGGGGCGAGAGCAGAAGACUCGCAAGCGUGUUAUAGCGCUGUCUGUCAAUCAUGGCUCGGUCGUUUCUACACCAGCAUCCUGGUGCUUAACGGCCCCCAGCUGGCUCUCUGAGGAACAUGACGCAGCAUUCUUGCACGAAGUAGCUACGGCUAUGGUUGCCCGUCACCUGGUAAACACAACACCAGCCAAUACUGUUCUUCUUGUUGAUGAAGCUGCCACCUCUCUUCAACAAGCAGUGGCCGUCAUGGCUUCCGCGAAAGGGAUCAAAGUACGCUUUAUUAAAAGCACUGAGGUCAGCCGAAGAAGCCCAACCACGAUUAUCAUACCACCACGUAGCUCAUCGCGUGCGAUAUCGCGCCUGUUGCCUGAUGGGGUCUCGGUUUUUACCACUUUCAGACUCCAAACAGACAGCACCCUCGCUCGAAUUAAGUCUUUGCUGCCUCCCGCAGUAGCGACCUACGGCUUACAUACGUUCUACGGCAACUCUUCGGUCUCAAACCUAGAGGGUAAAGGUGAUUCCUGUGCAGAUAUAUUGGCAACGUCCUGUCUGUUUGCAGAACAGCAAGGAGGCUCGCAAAAUACUGUUGCCACGAUUACUCCCGGUGACAUCCAGUCAUACUCACUCAGCAGUGAUCCCUCCAUCAUUGUCAACUGGCUGCAUUCGGGGCCAGUUUUGGCAUAUCCCCUACCGGCUAGUUCUCUUGUAAACUUGAAUGCCUACAAGACAUAUCUGUUAGUCGGAAUGACCGGUGAUCUUGGACGAUCAGUUUGCCAAUGGAUGAUCACCCGCGGCGCUCGAUGCUUGGUUCUUACCAGUCGAUCCCCAAGCGUUGACCCUCGAUGGCUCGAGGAGAUGUCGGCCCUUGGUGCUCGAGUCAUUGUCAUGACCAUGGACGUUACGGAUCGUACCUCGGUCCUGCGCGUACACAAUCACAUUCAAGCAGACCUUCCCCCAAUUGGUGGAAUCGUGAAUGCUGCGAUGGUCCUUCAAGAUGGCGCUUUUGCGAAAGCGACCCUAGAUGAUGUGACCACUGUUUUGAAACCCAAAGUCGAUGGGAGCAAAAUACUGGAUGAGCUCUAUCAAGAGGACGACUUAGAUUUCUUUAUCCUGAUGGGCUCUAUUGCCGGUAUCAUAGGUAAUUUUAACCAAUCGAUCUAUGCCGCCAGUUCGGUAUUUGUGGAGGAGCUUGUUCUUCAGCGACGACUCCGCGGUCAAGUUGGCAGCGUUGUCCAUCCAGGUGAAGUGCACGGCGUCGGGUAUGUAGCCCGCAUGGGAUCGCAGAUGAGAGAGAAUCUUGUCAGAAUUAUCGGAAAAUCGGUCAUAUCCGAGCGUGACCUGUUGGAGCAGUUCUCAGAAGCCAUCCUGGCCGGCCGUCCCGACUCUGGCCGUGAUCCGGUCAUCAUAGCUGGUAUUCCUAUGGCUGACCCCGAGGUAUAUCCCGACGUGAUAUGGUACAAGAACCCCGUUCUAUGGCCCUACGUCCACCACUUCCGGCAGUCGGAGACCCUGGGAAGCAAUCAGGAUCAUAUUCCCACCAAAACCCAGCUGCAGUCGGCAGCGAGCUUGACCGAAGCGGCCGAUAUCAUUGCCACAGGAUUUUCCGAGAAGGUUCGGCGCAAGCUACAAUUGCCUCUGGAUUCAGAUUUACCUGGUUCGACCCUACUGUCCGAUGUCGGUGUGGACUCGCUCAUUGCAGUCGAUCUGCGAGUCUGGUUUACCAAAGAGCUGGGGGUAGAUGUGCCGGUACUAAAGCUGCUGGGAGGGCUGUCCAUCGAUACCAUAGCGCGCGAUGCAGCUGAACUGCUGGACCCAGCACUCCUGCCGCAGGUGCGGGCAUAAUUAGAUAUAAG